GCCGGCAGUCGGUCCCGCGAUGCGGGUUAGUGCGUAUCUCUGUUCUGUGACCGGUGGCGGGCCGACCUAGUGUGAUGUCGGUUCGGAUCAGCGGGCUCUACCUCGAUCCGGGGGCCAAGCCCCCCCCUGUGGCCAUUGUCACCCCCCACAGGUCCAACAGUCUCGACUUCCUCAACUUCGAGGAGAAGAGGCAGCUUAUAGCGUCUUCCCUGUCCCUCACCGAUUUCCUGCACAAGGGAGGUUCCGUAACGAGCCCUUCGUCCCCGACAACUGGACCUAUAUAUGGUAAAUAGAGGAAAACUAUAUUUGUAUUUAUAGUAUAGAUUUAAUUGUGAUAAGC